GGCCCGGUCGUGCGAUGCCAGCGCGGAUUCGAUGUCGGCGAAGAGCCGGCCGGCCGUCGCGUCGACGGCGCUGGACGCCGGCGCGCCCUUGGGCGGGGCGCCGGCGUAGGCGUCGACGGCGUCGAGGACGCGGUCGAGGCGUUUCGCCCACUUCGCGCCGUCGGCGGGGUCCAGCGCGUUGCAGGCCUUCGUGACCGCGGCGGCCGCCUGCAGCACUUCGUCGCUCGCCGCUUUCACCGCUGCACUCAUGGCUGCGUCGUCAUUGGUUGCCAUCGCUUGUCCGCACUGGCCACCGCUUCGGCGCGAUUUUUCCGCUGCGGCUCGCCUGCUUGUGCUUUGCUUGUGCAGAGGGCACCCACUUGUGCAGCCCGCAGGGAUCGCGACGCUGCGAGAUCUUCGCCGGGUCAAAGAGAGGAGUGAAAGACUAUGCCGAGACUACAGUUUUGAGCUACAGCGAGGCAGUAUUCGCAUCUCUUUGCCUUGGGUUGCUUGCUGGCUAGUGU